AUGGGCUGCGCCUCCUCCAACCUUCUGUACCAGAGCGAUGACUUCUCUCAGCUCGCCGGCUGCCACAGCCACUUCGUCAAGCUAACUUCCACCACCUACGGCCUUCUCAAUCUCGAUCCUCCGCCGCCACAACCUUCCGCCGCCGUUAUCUCCACACCCGCGACGCCGAUGACUCCUCCCGAGUGA